CGGGAGAAGGAUUAUCCGUGACACCGUGAUGGAGAAGGUUGUUGGAAUCUCCGUACCCCAGGCAGAGCCUGAGGCAGGGGAGCCAGAGAAAGUCUAUGAGAAGCCUAGGGAAGAGGAGCCUGCGGACAAGGUUACCGCUGCCAAGAAGAAGUUUCGGUAUCAAACCCGAUCUUAACCUUGCCCGAGAUCAACGACACCCUUAGCAAGUUGCUAGGAACCAUGGUGUCGGUGUCGUUUCAGACCAUGCUGCAGGCGAGCUCUAGGUUGCUCAAAGGGCUUAGACAACUGUUGACUCGGCGGCGAGUAGAAAUAGACGACAACCCCGAAUUACCAGAAGAAGAAAGGGAGGUUGGUAACCUUCAAAGGAGUCGCGGGGAUCUAGAGGAUCUUGAGAAAGCCUUUGCAGACAUUCGUUUGAGCUUGUCAGACCGAGAAGGUGGUGAGGUCCUGAGGGCACCUCCUGGGACAAAGCUCAGUUUCCAUGCGCUACCCGUAGGAAAAUUGAAGUUUCAGAUCGGUACUCAUCAUACCGACGCAUUAGUAGAGGGGGAAGCAGAAAUCACUCUCAUAAGGAGAGAUUUCACGACAAUCACAGGCUGUACGGUAAAUAAGGAAGUAAUGGGGAGCAUCCGGCGAGCCGGUGGGGAAAUUAUGUUCGCAGGGUAUGUCACGAAAUGUGCAGUCAAGACGGGAAUCAGGAAGUCAAUCUGGUCGUUUCAGCGGAUGACCGUAAUGGAGGAGAUGGAUCACGACAUUAUCCUCGGGAGGCCAUGGUGCGCAAACGUAGAAAUGAUAGGCAUGCACUUGCACGAUGACACGUACAUGGUAGAUAUACAGGACCCAGUGACCGGCCGGGGUGAGCUCCUCCGACUCCUCGGGAUGGGAGGAGACCCUCCGAAGGGGAAAUUGGCAACAUGGUCGCCGUCAUUCGAAGAUAGCGCACGAAAAAGGGCUUUCGCGCGGAUGGAGGGCAUGAGAAAAAGGGUAGAAAUUAUGAUUGAAGAGACAUUCAACAAGAAGGAAUGGAUCAAGAUGGGCCUGCCCCAGAAGAAGAGGAGGCAGGAGGACGAAGUCUUAGGUGUUAUGGUAGCAGAAAAUGAGUCAGAAGUCGAACUCGUGCUAACUUGCCCAAACGGAAAGAAGUACGCAUGGACGUGCCGGAAGUCGCGCUCAAGAUCCCGGAUUUGUUACAGCUCAUCAAGGUCCUCAGAUACCACAAGAGGCGACAAGGGCAAUCCCGACCGUUCACUUUUUAGGAAAAAGAUCUCCGAAGGAAGUGUUCGAAAAUACAAGCCGGUAGGGAAGAAAGCAAAAUCGGUCUCGAUCCUGCUAGAGACAUCAAAGGAAGAGGCUAUGGAGAAGGAAGAGGAGGUCCUUCUAGUAAUCCAAGAGAGAAGAGCGACGAAAGGGCAUCGAAUACCAGAUGCGGUAGCUGAUACGAUGAAGAUAGGGGUAGACGGAUUCCUAACGGAAGAGGAAAACCUCCUGAUCAAAAGGACCUGCCAAGAGUUUCACCUGACAUUUGUCUUUAGUGAUCACCAAAAGGGGCAGCUGGACGCGAAGCUGAUUCCUCCGGUCAGAAUCCACACGGUAGAACAUGAGUGCUGGAAUGACAAGGGUCCGUCCUAUGUAUUUGGGAUAGCAGGGGAAGUGACAGACCUUCUUCGAGCGAAGAUGGACUCCUUCGUCGCAGAACCUGCGGCGUCGCCAUACGCAAACCGGUGGUUCGCCUUUCGAAAGCCCAACAAGACGCUAAGGUGGAUUCAGGAUCUGCAGAAGUUAAAUGCGGUAACCAUCCGGGAUGCUGGCUCGCUACCUCAGGCUGAUUUAUUAGCAGAGCCGCACGCCGGUCGGAGCAUUUACUCCUUGAUCGAUCUGUACUCAAGAUACGACCAACUUCCAUUGGAUGUCCGGGACAGGCCGUACACCGCAAUGCAUACCCCCGUAGGACAAUUGCAGAUGCAGGUGACUCCUAUGGGCUUUACGAACGCGGUAGCCGAGGCACAAAGGAGAAUGCUCGUCGUCGCCGGAGACAUGUUUCCAGAAAAAUGUGAGCCCUAUAUUGAUGACAAUCCAAUCAAAGGCGCUCAAGAGAAGGACGAGACUGGAGUCCAGCCGGGGAUUCGAAGAUUUGUAUGGGACCAUCUGCAAGACAUUAAGGACUUACUCCGACGGUUCCUAGUGUACAACAUCACGGCUAGUGGACCAAAGAGUAUUCUAGCAGUACCAGAAUUCGAUUACAAGAUCGAAUGGAUUGCGGGAAUCAGAAACAAGGCCGAUGGGCUGAGCCGGGUUUGCAUCACUCCAGAAGGGGUGGAAGAGGCGGAGCCCAUAGACGCGUUCCUUGAAUUCGAGGGAGAAACUCUUGCGGUGGAUAAUGAAAUGAUGGGCGAAGAAUGCGCGUUGGGAGAACUGUUGAUCCGGACUUCGGAGAAGGUGGCGUCUGCCAUAGUAGCAGAACUUAGAGAAGGACCCGUCACCACUCGAGGUCGUAAAGAGGAGAGAGAUUCAUGGGGAGCAAUAGUAGGACCGAAGGAGGAGCUAAUAGCAAUGGCAGUUGAGGGAGGUCGGGAAGCCGUGAUGAACUUAGUGGAAUCUUGGGAGAAGAAAGAGUUGCAAUGGAUGGUAAACCAGAUGCAGGAGAGAAAGGAUGAGGACCACGAAGAGAAGGAGUUUUUCUAUGCCCAGACAUACGAAGGGAUCUUUCGGGAGAUCGGGUUGUUGUUGCCUGCUGGACGUAGAAGCAGAAAAACACAAGAAAAAGUAAAAAUGGAAUUCGGCAACGAGAACGACAGCGGGGCAAUCAAUAUGCCUACCGGAGGGGAAGAAGCAGUAUCAAGCCAAGGGAGGAGGACAGCGAAGAGAGAGUUGUACAUAGGGCUCAUGAGCGGGCCAGUGGUAGGCAGGGGUGGAAAAAAGUGCGUAUGUAGAAGACCCUCGCCCCUCCGCAAGGGAGAAGGUAUAGAAAUCUCAUAUGACAGUGAGGGCGAGAAGAAAAGGGCAAAUGUGGGAGAAGGGAGCAAUGCAGAUAUGGGAGAUAAAGCUCAGGCUUCUGGCGAGGAAGGAGCCAACACGGGCGAGCGACGUGAGACUUGGCAUGGGGAAAGCGAGGGGGGACAGGACAUGCACGACGAGCGUGAGGAUGGAAAGGAGAGAAGAGAAAGUCCGCUUGAAGGACGAAGCGGCCACGACAGUUCUGAGGGGUAUGAGACAAGGACAAAGACUCCUUAUACCUACGAUCCAAAGAACCUAACGGGAAGGUAUAGCCCCAUACAGACGGAGGACGAGGAGGACGAGGAGGAGGAUGUACAAGAGAUCAUAGAAAUCAGCAGCGGGGAUGAGAGGGAUGAAAUUUCCAAGCCUAGGGAAGAGAGGUGGUCUCCGAUGCACCAGCCGCGCGAUGAGGACUUCAGAUGGGAGGAUGCGUUUGGGCCAACGCCCAGUCAUUGGUUUCAGCAAUGGACCAAUGUGAUCAGGCACGAGUGGAUCAUCAAGGCCCGAGAACUCGCAAAGGCAAGGAUGGAAGCCACACCUUUGGACUUUUUCGGUGAGGCGGAACUAUAGGAAAUAAUGAAGAAAAGGAGGGAAAUCGAGACCUUCGGCCUAGGGGUUAGAAAGCCUGCCGAGGAACAGGGUAGACAAGGAAUCGAGCAAGCUGAGGCACAAGGCAGCAAUAGGAACUAGAUGUUGAUUUAGCAUUAAACAGGAUUCCUGCUUUUCUAUUUGCAAAGACAUGGGAACGACAAGAACAUGUAUAGUAUGAGUAAGCUUGCUAAGGAUGAAGUGAUAAGAGGGCCAACUAAGACUGUGACAGAAUAAGAUUAGAAGAUAGCUUCUGAGGCUACUUUCUGGAUGAGCAACCUUUGAAAGUGGGUACACGAGACAAUGACAUAGGGCAUGGGAUGAGACCAGUUGAGGAGGAUGUAUUAUGAAUUUUGGAUGGGAUAAGGAUUGUGUUUUUGAGAAAAGAAACUUUGAGUAAAGAUUGACGAGCAAG